AUGGCUAAGUCCUUGAAGUGCCUUCUCUUCUGGCUUCUUUUGCAGCUUCUUCUGCUACAAAACUCCCAGACUGUGAAUGGGUCACCCAAUUUGCUGAGAAUAGGCGUACCAAAGAAAGAUGGUUUCACCCAAUUCGUGAAAGUACGAUGGGAACCUCGUGAAAAUAAGUACAAAGUCUCUGGAGGAUAUUGCAUUGAUGUCUUUAAUGCCGUAAUAAAGCACCUACCCUUUAAGGUUUCUCCUGAGUUUAUUCCCUACGUCAAUCAAACAGGACAAAGCGCCGGCACAUACGAUUCCCUCAUCCAGCAAAUUCCUGAAAAGUACGAUGCUGUGGUGGGAGACGUGACGAUCGUGGCCAACCGUUCGAGGUUUGUGGAUUUUACGCUGCCAUACACGGAGACAGGAGUAUCGAUGAUAGUAACAGCCAAACAUGGGAGGCACCGAACCAUGUGGAUUUUCGUGAAACCCUUCAGUUGGGGCCUGUGGCUUAGCAUAGCCAUCGCCUCUAUCUCUAUUGGUUUCGUCAUAUCAAUCAUGGAACGAAAUGUGAACAAUUUGCCUGAAAGAGGAUCCCAAACUACUUCACCGAAACAGCUCAACGUAGUCACCAUUCUAUGGUUUCCAUUAUUACAGGCCGUGCUUCCUGAUCGAGAGGUUGUAGUCAAGAGCUGUUCGAGAUUUGUGUUGAUGGUUUGGCUAUUAUUAGCCUUCGUGCUGAUGCAGAGUUACACUGCGAGCUUGACAACGAUACUAACGGUGGAUCAGCUACAGCCUAGUUUUCUGAAUGUGAAUGAUCUUAGAAAAGGGGGUUAUUAUGUUGGCUAUCAAGCUAAUUCUUUCGUAAGGGAUCUUUUGGUGAACAGAUUAAAGCUUGAUCCCUCCAAGCUGAGGGCUUAUGAUAACCUUUCUGAAUAUCACCAAGCUUUAUCAAAAGGAAGCCAGGGAGGUGGUGUCGCAGCUAUAUUUGACGAAAUUCCUUUUCUUAAGCUUUACCUUAAUAAAUUUGGAUCCAACUACGUGAUGGCCGGACCAACCUAUCGAGCAGAUGGCUUUGGUUUUGCAUUUCAGCUUGGCUCUAAUCUAACCUCUCACUUUUCAAGAGCUAUCUUGAAUGUGACUGAGAGUGAUAUAAUGGAUCGUAUUCAGAAGAAAUAUUUUGGGGAUGAUGACAAUGGAAGAGUCCAAGAUCAAACUGGGCAAGUGUCAUCAACAACUACAACGAACCUUACUUUUCAUAGCUUUCAAGGGCUUUUCUUGGUCACUGGAAUCGCUACGGUUUUGGCACUGAUAGUCUCAGAAAGUGUUAUUUGGCAAAAACCCAUUUCAAUGGCUAGAGCUUACAGUGAGAAGUAUUUGUUCGGUAGUACUCCUACACGUUCCAGAGAUAACACUGUUCAUCCAAGCUCUGAUUCUCCAGCUGCGAUAGAUACUUCAGCUUCAGAUUCACCAGAUGGAAACAGAUAA